GUAAUUUACAGGUUGUACAAAACAAAACCAUCUACACAAUAGAUUUUCAGUUUAUUUGGUAUAUUUAGCUAAAUAAGGUGAUAAAGUAAUGAAUGAAUUCUCAAUUUUCUGAACUUGUAUAGGUUAUGUUUUCGCUAAUCAGCUGAUCUGAUAUUUGCGCGCGAGUUCUUUUUGUACCGUAGAAAAUGUUCAAUUUUGAAUAGUGUUUAAAGCAUUGUUUAUAAAAAUGAUAGCACCAUCGAAAAUAAAAAAGCUCGACGAAGUUGUAGUUAAUAGAAUUGCAGCUGGAGAAGUCAUUCAAAGACCUGCAAAUGCUUUGAAAGAACUGAUUGAAAACAGCCUGGAUGCGAAAGCUAGUAAUAUACAAGUUAUUGUCAAAGAAGGAGGAUUGAAAUUAUUACAGAUUCAAGACAAUGGAACUGGAAUUAGAAAAGAUGACAUGGGAAUCGUUUGCGAAAGAUUCACAACCAGUAAAUUAGAAAAAUUCGAGGAUCUACAAGCGAUUGCCACUUUUGGAUUUCGGGGUGAAGCUUUAGCCAGUAUAAGUCAUGUGGCACAAUUAACUAUAACAACAAAAACAAUAGAUGAAAAAUGCGCUUACAAAGCUUCUUACAGCGAUGGAAAAUUAAAAGCACCUCCGGUUUCGUGUGCUGGAAAUCAAGGAACAACUAUUUCUGUUGAAAAUCUUUUUUACAAUAUUCCAACAAGAAAAAAAGCUUUGUGCAGUGCCUCUGAAGAAUUUUCCAAAAUCGCAGAAGUCAUUACCAGAUAUGCUGUGCACAAUCCCUCUGUUGGUUUCGGUUUAAAAAAACAGGGAGAAACUAAGACACAUGUUCGAACGCCUCAUUCUUCUACGAAAACUAACAAUAUCCGAGUUUUAUAUGGCAAUCCAGUAGCUCGUGAACUUCUCGAAAUCGAUCUAAAAGAUGAUAAACACAAUUUUAAAUUACACGCACUCAUAACGAAUCCGAAUUAUUCCAAUAAAAGAAUGACGCUUCUUCUGUUCAUCAACCACAGACUUGUUGAUUCUUCGAUGAUAAAAAAAAUGAUAGAAGACCUCUAUUCCGUACAUCUGCCGAAAAAAACUCAUCCCUGGUGUUAUUUGUCACUCGAAAUUGAUCCUGCGAAUGUGGACGUUAAUGUACAUCCAACAAAACAUGAAGUUCGGUUCCUUCAUGAAGAUUCUAUUAUCGAAAAAGUUAAGAUUGCCCUGGACGAAAAACUCUCGGGUGUUAAUGCUUCCAGAACUUUUUAUAUGCAGUCAAAAUUGCCAAAUGUUGAUGUUACCAAGGAGGUUUUGAAAGAAGUUUUACCCGAAUACGAUACUAAACAGACAGAUAAAACGAAAAAACUUUACGCCCAUGAAAUGGUGAGAACGAGUUCCACGGACCAGAAACUGGAUAAAUUCAGCUUCACUAUUAACCCCGCUCUUAGAGAAAAUAAAACGAGUUCCGAGGAAGCUAAAGAAAAUAAAUCAAAAGAUGAUAAAGUUGAAGAUGAUAGCCGAAAUUCAAAAAAUGAGACAGCGGAAAAUGCGUCUCAGAAGAAUCAACCGAUUGCGGAAGAGAAAAAUGAGAGUACUUCCUUGGCAAAAUCGAAAAUUUCGGAUAAUUCUGUUGUGGAAGCAGAUAAUUCAACAUGCUUCAUGCUUUCCGAUUCAGACGAAUCCGAUGUCGAGAAAGAAAAAAAUAAUCAAUCUAUCGACAUUGAAAUUGUGGCUGAAAGCACCAUGACGGCUGACAGAGCACUUAAAAAUAUUUAUAAACGCUGGGGCAGUGGUGAAAAUGACGAAAUUAGUCCAAAAAAUAUUGAAAAUGAAGAAACUGAUAAAGAGCUUAGAGAAAAAAGUAUGACAAAUAGUGACGAAAGUUUAAAUGAAAGUCCAGUGAAGGGUACACAGCUCACGGAAUUUAAAUCCUAUUCGGUAAAUGAUUUUAGACGAGAAGUUAAGUUGAAGAGCGUUUUGAUGCUCAGAAAAGAAGUGGAGGAUAAUUAUCAUGCAGGUCUGAGAGAAAUUUUAUCAAAUUUGACAUUUGUUGGAUGCAUCGAUGAACGAUUUUCUCUCGUACAAAGUGGAGUUAAUUUAUAUAUUUGCAACACUCAGAAACUUGCGGAAGAGCUCUUUUACGAAAUCAUGUUGUACGACUUUGCAAAUUACGGCGUCAUCAAGUUUUCUGAACCAUUGCCUUUAUACGAUCUUGCUAUGUUAGGUCUUGAGACCAAAGAAGCAGGGUGGACCGAAGAAGAUGGAACAAAAGAGGAGUUGGCAAAAAGUGUUCAAGAACGGCUUUCAGAAAAAAUGGACAUGCUGAAAGAAUAUUUUUCUAUCGUCAUCGACAAAAAAGGAAAUCUAAAAUCACUGCCGAUAUUGUUAGACAAAUAUUUUCCGCGUGAAGGCGGACUACCCUUAUACAUCCUCAGUUUGUCAACCCAAGUCGACUGGGAAGCAGAAAAGCCCUGUUUUAAAGGAAUUUGUCGCGAAACAGCGAAAUUCUACAGCCAAAUCGACUCUGAUUCCGAAACCUUUGACUGGAAACACGUAACCGAGCAUAUUUUAUACAGCGCUAUCAAAGAAAGUUUACUGCCUCCAAAAGAGUUCGCUCAUGACUCCACAAUUCUGGAAAUAGCUUCCUUGCCAGAUUUGUACAAAGUUUUCGAAAGAUGCUAAUCAUUGAUAUUUAAUUAUUUAAUUAAAUAAAGACCAAUAUUUUUUGUACAUU